AUGUCCCUGGACACACUCAGCCCGAACGGACUCUAUAUCCUCCUAUACGUCAGACAGCACCCGCCCAUGCCAAACAACUUCCAUUGGGCAUUUUACUUCCACAAAAGUCCCCAGCAAGGCGGCACAAAGUACCACGUCAAAGACAUCGGCCAAGGCUGGAUUCCUGACCAUGGAGUCAACCACGCGGUGAUGAAAGAGUUUCUUCUUGUGGGGUUAUUUCAAAUCGCCCAUGUGCCCACUGGGCAGGAAGAGUAUUUGGAUCGGACGAUGAGGACGUUUGAUGGACAGUUGAACGUGUCGGAGACAACGUGUCGGAUCUGGAUUCUGUGGGUUCUGGCCUUGUUGCAACGCCCUGUUGAUGGACGGAGACUUUUGGAGUGUGAUGAUAUACAGGCGCUGGAAGAAGAGAUUAAGGACUGGGGGAAUGGGAAUGCGAUGGGGGCUGCGAAUAAUGAGCAGCCGAGACCAGUGGGGCGAUCUUCUCUUUGUGGGCUUUGA